GUUUUUCCUUCAAUCCAUCAGCACUUACACGUUCGGUCACCGAUAGCCGUAUGAUAACGGCGAUAAGAGCGUGAGAUCUUCGCUCUCGGAUCACUACUGCCGAAUAAUCGUCGAUCAAUCGCAUCACAGCAACUGCAGCAGUACCGAGUUAGUUGAAACUGGACCGCCGACAAGUACGCUGGGCAAGGGCCCACAAAAUUUUAAUCUGUAUAGUUUUAAGUGCAAAUAUAGAUAUACAUAAGUGUGCUCGAUAAAUAUAGUCUUUGUCCAACAAAUGUUCUCGUGCAAUAAAUAGUUAUUAGUUAACGCGCGUGUUUUCUUAAACUGAUAGUGAAUAAUUGUGCAUGCAGUUUCCUUAAGCGUGAACUAUAAUGCUCCCAUGCUGAUUCCGUUGGUCUCUGGAUGAAAUACAAGUGGUCCCCUUGGAUAUCCUCCAACAAUUAAACGGUCGAUGUUGAGCCUGAUGAAUUCACUGCGUCUCGCUAUCGGAGCUGAGGAAUAGAACAGCCAGGUUCGUACAUUGUGGUCCUUCGAACCGGAUGGGACCAGGGAAGGAUCAACGGAAGCUCGGCCAGAAUUAUAUUGACUCGGUGUGGACGAAAUGGGCGCGAAUCGGUGCCAUCUUAACUAGCAAAGUUGAAUGCACUGAUUGUUCUUGUGGAGAAAGGAUUUAAUGGAGAAAGGAUUCAAUGCGACAAAGAAUCAACGAUUGAGAGGAAAAAAGGAUCCACCAUCACUUUUGCGGUCGCUUGGCUUGGGCAUCCAUCGCGCGGUUCUUUGGUCAGGAAUCUAUCAUUGAACGCCAAGCGGACUUUAUGAUUGGACAACUACUACAUCGUUGAAUGGACUCUCGCUGGACAAUGUUCCGAAACUUGUCUUACAGGUAAAUGUUAAUGAACAAGUAUAUGUCCAGCCGAAGCGUACCAUACAUAAUACUCACACUCAAAUUUUGAAAUUUCUUGGACCUUAACAACAACGGAGUCAUACUGGACAGGCCGUCUGGUGUAUCGAAUACUGGAAUUGAGGACGAUUUUGUAAAAGCGCUUUAUGGCAUCGAUCUAGCAUUUCUAUCAUCGCUUGAAGACAAUCAUCAGCCCAUUCAACCUUCCGUCCAGGUUUUGUUCGAUCAGUGAGCUACUGGUCAACGACAUCUACAUCGUCGGGAGCGAAUACUACCUUCAAGAAGACUUCACGUUCAUGAAUGCGGAGAGGCAGCGUCAACAAUUAUUUGCCCAGGUAAAUAAAAUUAUGGUAUAUGUCGCCGAGGCAAGGCGCACAGUUAAUACACCUAUUGAUUUGGAAAUUUAUCCUCUUCGACUCAUUCGUGACCCUUUGAGCCUUGUGGACCAAGUUGGGUCUAUUGAUUGAAUUUGCGACCUUCGUUAUAUUGUUUGGAUUCUGAAUUGUUCGAAUAUUGUUGGCAAUUGUCGCCCGCUGGAUUGGUGCAGCUGUUGGUUGUCUGGGUAAGCCACAACAGUAUAUGUCCAGCCGUGGCAUUUGUUUUGAAUACUACAUCGUAUAUUCCUCCUCUUCACUUCCCUACUAACUGAGACGAAUUGGUUGACGUUUGAGACUUUGGAUUGGUAGUGCUCGGUAACUGAAACGUUUUCAUUAGGCAUAAUUGCCUGUUUCGCCAGGUUAGUGAACAAGAUAGUAUAUGCCAGCCAAGCUAGGCGUAUACGCGGAAUAUUACACCUCCAUCUCUCUCGUUCUGUUACCGGUGCACUGUGACGUCAAUCAUGCCGCCCGCCGGAUCAUCCAUCAAGAAGCCUUCGCUGAAGCAGCUGAUAACCAGGCUUAGAGAGGCGCAGUCCUUGUUACAGGACAUUUGGGAGUUCAUUGAGAACUUCAAAGAGGAUACUAAGCUUUCUCAGGUGGAAGUCCGACUUGAGAAGUUGGAGGACAUUUGGGAUAAAUUUUCGGAAACGUUAGUCGAGAUCAAGUCCCAUGACGACUACAAAGAAGACGAGACUUAUGACAAGGAAAGGCGGGAGUUCAACAACCGGUUUUAUGAGGCUAAGUCUUUUCUCGUUGAUCAAGCGAAGGAAAGAAAGGAACCUUUGCUGCUAGACCAGAGUGUGCGGACACAUGACACUUCUGUGCAGGGUGCGCUGGACAACGUUCGCUUGCCUCAAAUCAAGCUACAAAGUUUCAACGGAGACAUCGACGAAUGGUUGAACUUCCGGGACCUCUUCACCUUACUCAUACAUUGGAAGCCGGAACUGCCAGAGGUGGAGAAGUUCCAUUACUUGAAUGGAUGUCUCCAAGGGGAACCAAGAAGCCUUAUCGAUCCGCUACAGGUAACCAAGGCCAACUAUCAGGUAGCAUGGGAUAUGCUACUGAAACGUUACAACAACAGUAAGCAGUUGAAGAAACGUCAAAUUCAAUCACUGCUGUCGUUGCCCACGCUGUCCAAGGAAUCCAUACGGGAACUGCAUUCGCUUUUGGAAGGUUUUGAGCGAAUCGUUCGAACUCUCGAUCAGGUAGUCCAGCCAGCGGAUUAUAAGGACUUACUGCUGAUGAACAUUCUCACGUCACGCUUGGAUCCAGAAGAGUUUUCAUCGUCCAAAGAAAACGAUUCUCUAGAUGACUUGAGAGAGUUCCUCAACCGGCGAGUACACGUACUGGAGUCAAUGCCAACCAAAUCAAUGGACACUAGGGGUGUUCAGCAGCCACCAUUGCAAGCGAAACAGAAGUCAUCGCUCACACGAACAAGUUUCACAUCAGCUCAAGCGUCCGGGGGGCGCUGCGUAGCUUGUUCGGGAUAUCAUCCGCUGUUCCAGUGCAGCUCUUUCCAACGGUUAUCGAUCUCAGACAGGGACGGCCUGCUGAGAACUCACUCCCUCUGCCGAAACUGUUUCAGGCCGGGGCAUUUGGCGCGGGAAUGCCAAUCCAAGUACUUGUGCAGGAACUGCAAGGGUCGUCAUCAUACCUUGGUCUGCUUCAAGCCAGAAAAGGGUGGUGAAGGCAAGGUCACAGCGGUUGCAAAGGGCAACAUUCCAUCUUCCAACAAGGAAGCGCAAGGGGCUCCAAAUCUUAAUUCCUCUCAAGCGGCUAAUACGGCAGCCACUAAUACAACGGUCUCAAAUGCGGCACAUCAAUACUCCUCUCAAGUCCUGCUGGCUACGGCAGUCAUCGUUAUGGUGGACAACGAUGGUAAUCAGCAUCUAGCACGUGCUCUUCUGGAUUCCGGCUCCGAGAGUAAUUUUUUAACAGAGCGGUUGUGCCAGCGAAUGAAGGUAACUCGAGAUAAGGUGGACAUCUCGGUCCUCGGCAUCGGACAAGCUUCAACUAGAGUUAAGCAUCGGGUUCGAGUCGUAGUGCGCUCUCGAGUUUCUCAAUUCUCGCGAGAACUGGAUUUUUUGAUUCUACCCAAAGUAACAGUUAACCUGCCAACAAUUUCGGUCAACAUUGACGGCUGGUCAAUCCCAAACGGGAUCGAACUGGCGGAUCCUGCCUUUUUCGAGUCUAAGGGAGUGGACAUCGUGCUCGGGAUUGAGUCGUUCUUCGACUUUUUUGAGACAGGCAGGCGGAUUUCACUAGGGGAACAUCUACCAACACUCAACGACUCGGUAUUUGGAUGGGUCGUUUGUGGAGGCACGUCAAUGUCCUCCAAUUCCCUGCAACUAAGCUGCAAUAUCUCAACCUCCGAAAGUCUGGACUUGCUGUUGGAGCGUUUUUGGAAAUGUGAGGAACUCGGUUCGGAAAAAGCAUAUUCACCAGAGGAACGACGGUGUGAGAAGGUAUAUCAGCACACAGUUCGUCGGGAGCAGGAUGGGCGAUACACUGUCACACUUCCAAAGAAUUACGAUAUUCAUCCGGGCUUGGGCAAAUCUUGGGAUAUCGCCCACCGCCGACUUCAGGCGACAGAGCGCAGAUUGGCACGGGAUUCCAGUCUACGAGAGCAAUAUACCGCUUUCAUGGAAGAAUAUCUAGCCAUGGGUCACAUGAGUAGGAUUGAUCAGACCGCUCAAGCAACGGUCCAACGAUGCUAUCUGCCGCAUCACCCGGUGGUUAAAGAAGCAUCGACCACCACCAAGGUACGAGUAGUGUUCGAUGCUUCCUGCAAGACGGCUUCGGGAGUUUCGUUGAACGAUGUUUUGCUGGUAGGGCCAGUGAUUCAGGAGGACUUAAGAUCAAUAAUUUUGCGAAGCCGUACACGACAAAUCAUACUGGUCUCUGAUGUGGAGAAAAUGUUUCGCCAAAUCAAUAUUUGUAAAGCAGAUAGGCCUCUCCAAUGCAUCCUGUGGAGAUCUUCUCCUAUGGAAGAAGUCGGGGCAUAUGAGCUCAACACCGUUACGUACGGUACCAAGCCAGCUCCUUUUUUAGCAACACGUACGGUCAAACAACUGGCCGAAGAUGAGAGAACUCGGUUUCCAUUAGCAGCACGGGCUGUUGAAGAAGAUGUCUAUAUGGACGACGUUAUCACGGGAGCGGACGACGUGGCAACGGCUGCAAUUCUCCGACAUCAACUAGAUGAAAUGAUGAUUAGCGGUGGAUUUCGGCUACGGAAGUGGGCUUCUAACAAUUCCAAGGUGCUGGAAGGUGUUUCUCCCGAGGAUCUGGCAAUUCCACAGUCAGUUGGGGUCAGUUUUUGUUCCGACACCUCAGUAAAAACUCUAGGACUAACUUGGGUUCCAGAAUCAGAUGUUCUAAGGUUUCAAUUUGCAAUUCCCGCAGUGGAAGAAAAGAAGGAGUAUACAAAACGUCAUGUUCUGUCCGUAAUUGCUACACUAUUCGACCCAUUAGGGCUAUUGGGAGCUGCGAUCACCACUGCAAAAAUAUUUAUGCAGCAGCUAUGGUCUAUCCAGGACGGGAAUGGACAAAGGCUUGAUUGGGAUCAUCCACUUCCUCCCACGGUGGGUGAGACCUGGAAGAAACUACAAAAUCAAUUGCCAGCGUUCAACCUUAUUACAAUUGACAGAUGUGUCAUCAUACCUGGCGCGAAAACGGUGGAAAUACACUGCUUUUCCGACGCUUCCGAGAAGGCUUUCGGAGCAUGUGUUUAUUUGAGAAGUCAGAACGCCGAUGGGUCGGUGAUAGUCCGACUUCUAACCUCGAAAUCACGAGUAGCACCCUUGAAAUGCCAGUCAAUACCGCGGCUAGAACUGUGUGGGGCACUACUAGCGGCUCAGCUCUAUGAAAAGGUUCAAGCGUCCCUAAAAUCAACGAUGACAAGCUACUUUUGGACCGAUUCAACCUGCGUACUUCGUUGGAUUCAAGCUACUCCAACCAUGUGGACUACAUACGUGGCAAACAGAGUGGCGAAAAUACAAACUAUCACCGAAAAGGGUCACUGGAGACAUGUACCCGGAAUGGACAAUCCAGCUGAUCUCAUAUCCAGGGGAAUUUCGCCGGGAGAAAUCGUAGCAAACCGGUUCUGGUGGCAAGGUCCAAGGUGGUUAGAACUAGGAUCGGAACUUUGGCCGAAAGCAGCAACAAAUUUUGAAGAGGAAGGUGAAGAUGAAAGACGUCGGACGGUAGUUGCAAGCUCGGCGUCACCAUAUUCCGAGUUUAAUGACCAGUACAUUGGAAGGUUUGGGUCAUACACCGACAUGAUCCGUCGGACCGCGUACUGGCUGCGUUUGAUGGACUUACUUCGCAAGCCAAGGGAAGAAAGAAAAGAUGGGUCGUUCUUGUCCACAGUAGAACUGCGACAAGCUGAGAACGUUUUGGUCAGAAGAAUACAGAAGGAGUUUUUUAGCAAAGAAUGGAAGGCCAUCAUCAACAAAACUAUUAUUCCAUCUAAUUCACCUUUACGGUGGUAUAAUCCGUUCAUUUCAACGGAUGGUAUUAUGAGAGUUGGCGGCCGCUUGAAUAAUUCCCUGGAAACAGAAGACAUAAAACAUCCCAUCCCGUUACCCGCUCGACACAAAUUCACUCGAAUGUUAUUACAUUAUUACCAUGAAAGGCUACUACAUGCCGGUCCACAGCUUAUGUUGGCCGUAGUUAGACUAAGAUUCUUACCACUUGGAGGAAGAAGUGUUGCCAAGCAAAUAGUCCACGAAUGUCUGAAAUGUUUCCGAUCGAGACCAACCGCUAUUCAACAAUUCAUGGGCGAAUUACCAUCGUCCCGAGUCACCGUUUCGAGGCCAUUCUCCCAGACAGGUGUUGAUUUUUUUGGACCAGUCUACAUUCGGCAAGUACCUCGACGUCCCGCUGUAAAGGCAUACGUCGCUCUUUUCAUUUGCAUGAGUACCAAAGCUGUGCACCUAGAGCUGGUCACAGAUCUGUCGACUGAACGAUUCCUCCAAGCUCUACGUCGGUUCGUGUCGCGGCGAGGAAAGUGCAGCGAUAUUUAUUCUGACAACGGUACAAACUUCGUCGGAGCCAGAAAUAAGCUGCAGGAUUUUAUGAAGCUGCUGAAGGACCCUACCCACAGGGAAAUUGUAUCCAGAGAAUGUACUGUGCAAGGUAUACAGUGGCACUUUAAUCCACCCAGUGCCCCACACUUUGGGGGCCUUUGGGAAGCUGCAGUUCGCUCGGCCAAGAAGCAUCUUCUAAAGGUCGUCGGCGAAAACCCCGUUUCCCCAGAAGAUUUUACAACAUUCCUCGUCCAGGUGGAAGGAUGUUUGAAUUCCCGUCCUCUAACACCCAUGUCGGAGGAUCCUGAAGAUUUAGAGCCGCUUACUCCCUCGCAUUUCCUUGUCGGAUCGUCAUUACAAGCAAUUCCCGAGCCCAAUCUUGAAGAUGUAUCCCUCAAUCGGCUAGAUAAAUACCAGUUAACGCAAAGAAAACUCCAAGACUUCUGGCGUAGAUGGCGCCGGGAAUAUUUAUGCCAGCUGCAAGCAAGAACCAAGCGUUGGAAACCACCGGUUCCGGUAGAAGUAGGAAGAUUGGUCGUUAUCAAAGACGAUAAUGUCCCACCGAUGCGGUGGAGAAUGGGACGAAUUCAAGAACUCCAUCCUGGCGCUGACAAUGUGGUCCGAGUCGCUACUGUGAAGACUUCCUCCGGCAUGCUAACUCGGCCUGUGGAAAAAUUGUGUAUUCUGCCAUCGCCGGAUUGCAACGAUGAACCAGAAUCUGUAUCAACCUCGUCCAGCAUCCAAAUGUAA